ACUUGGCUUCCACUCUGUGCUCGAGGGCAGAAGCACAACGGUCCCCAAACGGACAAAUAUAGCGAGAGAGAGUUUGAGCGAGUUUUUUGGAAAUGAAGGUGGUGCACUGGCUUCUAACGUUGGCUGUGGCCUGGUGGUUGCUACAAGGUGGCGCCCAGAAGAAGCCCUGCUCCCCCCCGCGUUGUGGGGACGUGGAAGUACCUUAUCCGUUCGGGCUCGAAAACAGUUGUGUGAGAUCCAGAGAUUUUGUGCUCAAUUGCACCCCCACUCACCAACUACUGUUGGGAAAUGUUACGAUACACAAAAUCUAUGUCGACGGGUCGGUCAUGGCCGUCAGCCUCCCCGAAGAACAUAACGAUGCUCAACUGCUGCUUGCCUACAAGAGGAGUAUUCCUAUGCUCAACACCACCUUGUUAAAGAACGUGACUGCUUAUCUGGACUGGAUGAUCGCAGAGAACAGGACUUGCGACGAGGCCAGGUUGAACCAGUUGAGCUUUGCCUGUGCAGGCGAAGGCAAAAACACGAAAUGCGACGACUUUGGGGAUGAAGCGGGUUACCGCUGCGAUUGCAAGGAUGGGUACGAGGGGAAUCCCUAUGAUCGAAUCCAAGGGUGUACAGACAUCGAUGAGUGCAAGGAUCCUAAAAGCUACCCAUGUCAUGGAAAGUGCAAGAACACGGUUGGGAACUACACAUGCCAUUGCCUAUUUGGAAUGCUGGGCGAUGCUAAAGCCACUUGCCACAUUUCUCCUUGGGUCAUAGUUGUUCCAGCGAUUAUUCCAGCCUUCUUCACAGCUGUUGGUGCUUUUGUCCUUUACACGUGGAGGAGGAGAAGCAAAGAGAAAAACUUCAGACGAAAUGGAGGAGAGCUCUUGAAACACCACAGAGUUCAAAUCUUUACGGAGACAGAGCUGGCAAAAGCAACCGACAACUAUCAUGAUAGCAAUAAGCUCGGCGAGGGCGGUUUUGGUUCUGUCUAUAGAGGGAGAGUAGAUGGGGACACCAUGGUCGCGGUCAAGAAGCCUAAAGAUGUACACAAGUCUCUAAUAAAGAGGGAUUUCCAGCAUGAACUUGAAAUUGUGAUGCAAAUAAACCACAAAAAUGUGGUGAAGCUCCAUGGCAUAUGUUUGGAGACUAGAAUACCCUUGCUGGUUUAUGAAUACAUUUCGAAUGGUACCCUCUUCCAACACAUCCAUCAGAAUGCAUCGACCAUCUUAAGAUUGUGGAAAAACCGGCUCAAAAUAGCCGUCGAAGCUGCUCUUGCACUUGAGUAUAUGCAUUCCUGUGCAGAACCCCCAAUCAUUCACGGUGACAUCAAGUCAGUGAACAUACUUUUGGAUCAUAAUUACUCGGUAAAAGUGUCUGAUUUUGGAACUUCAGUACUAAUAUCACCAGAGCAUAGUAAUAUUGUAGCCACUGAAAUACAAGGCACAUUGGGCUACAUCGAUCCGGAAUAUUUAAUCACCGGUAUGAUAACAAUUAAGAGUGAUGUAUAUAGCUUUGGAGCUAUCCUCGUGGAGUUGCUCACGGGAAAGAAGCCCACAAGUUUCAUUACUAGGUCCGGAGAGUCAAUCAAUAUUAUCCAUUAUUUCAUCUCUUCCGUGAAGGAUAAGAGACUCUCUGAUGUCAUAAACUUCAAGGCCGCUAGUGAAGAUGAAAUGGAGAGAGUAAAAAUGGUUGCCGAGAUUGCAGUGAGGUGCUUGGACCAAAGUGGUGCAAGAAGGCCGGCAAUGAAGGAAGUGGCUGAGCAACUCGCCAAGAUUGACCGCGAGCUCGACAGCUCAACAGUUGAAGAAAACAACGAAGAGAUCGAUUGCGAAAUGAAUAAAGAAAACCUCCCCUCCCAUUCGACUUCAAUUACGUGCGAGAUGAGCCAACAUAGGACGUUAAGCUCUGUUUUCUGAUCAGGGAAUGGAUACAGCAGGUUCUUGCAUCUGAUCCUUAUUACCAUAGCAACAUGUCUAUUAACUGUCCAUAAAGACUUCUAGGGUCGAUUGUGCAUUCAGAAUAUAUAUUAUGUUUGGCAUUUGCUUUGGACUUAUAGUUGUGCCAGCGCACUCGUGUAAGUUUAAGUGUCACAAUCUAUAUAAUAUAUGUAUAUAGCUAUGCACUGAAGUAGACUUUUAGAAGGCUGGCAUAUGGCCAUUUUGACGUUA